CGCAUCAGGAAGGCGCGUGGCGUCCCCCCCGGUCCACCCGCACGUAAGGUAGGUUACACCACCGGCCCGUCCUGGCCCAGCCCGCGGGGGGUUUAUACCACGGAUUUAGCCUGAUUAGGCACCCUUCAAUCACCACACACUACAGCGCCCGCAACGCCACCAGAGUUGGCAGAAAGCGUAUAUAAAGUUUGGCCUAAUACCCGCCUCGGGGUCAUUGCGUGUCUAUUUCAACGUCGCAUUAUCACCCGCGCGCUUUUGGCCUUUUUUUUUUAAAGUAUAUGUGUGUGAGAUUGUCGGGCUGCUGCUAUGAUGCUUUUUUGCACACGUUUGUUUGCGCUUGUGGCGGUUGCGUUUGCGGGCGUGGUGGUGGCGCGUCGGACUUGUGUUGAUGGUUCGCUUGUGGCGCAUAAUGGGUCGUCGGUGGGGUAUGAGAGGGUGUUUGAUGGAGUGAAUAUGUAUGUUUCGGAGCCGGAGAAGGGGACGGCGAGGGAUGGGGUUGCGGUGUUGUAUCUGACGGAUGUGUUUGGGAUUCAGCUGUUGCAGAAUAGACUCCUCGCCGACUCCUUCGCCCGCGCCGGCUACCUCACCCUCGCCCCCGACCUCUUCAACGGCACUCCGGCCCCAGUCGACCUCACAUCCCCCGGCACACCAGCCUUCAACACCAGCGCCUUCCUCGCGCAGCACGCCCCCAACACCACCGACCCCCUCGUCACCACCGCCCUGAACACCCUGCACACCCACUUCCACACCUCCCGCAUCGCAAUCACAGGCUACUGCUUCGGCGGCCGCUACGCCCUGCGCUUCCUUUCGCCCACACACACGCCCAGCGCACAGGUCGCCUAUGCCGCGCACCCAAGCCUGCUUGAGGACGGCGAGAUCCAGGCUGUUGGGGGUCCUGUGGGUGUGGCGUUUGCGGAGGUGGAUGGGAUGGUUGGGCCGGAGAGGAGGGGGGUGGUGGAGGGGUUGUUGGGCGGGACGGGGGUGCCGUAUGUGGUGGGGUUGUUUGGCGGGACGAGUCAUGGGUUUGGGGUGCGUGCGAAUGAAUCUAGUAAGAAGAGAAGACGAGAAGACGAGAAGACGAGAAGACGAGAAGACGAGAAGACGAGAAGACGAGAAGACGAGAAGACGAAAGUAGCAUCGUUAGGCCUGACAACCCAUUACUUAGAUAGAACAUGUUAUUCCUAUAACUUGCGUAUAAGUGUGCAAUUCUCGUUUUUCGGCUACGCUAUAUAG